AUGCAUACCAGGUAUAUGGAAAGGACCAACAGUAUGGCUAGAGGGAAGAGGAACUUGGAGGGAGGAGGAGACGAGGAACAGCAGCCUGAGCGGAAACGCCCAGCUUUAGCUAGUGUCAUUGUUGAAGCUCUAAAGGUGGAUAGUUUGCAGAAGCUCUGCUCUUCUUUGGAACCAAUACUUCGUAGAGUUGUCAGUGAAGAAGUCGAGCGUGCCUUGGCAAAGCUAGGCCCUCCUAGACUCAAUGGAAGUUCUAGGGUUUCACCAAAACGAAUUGAAGGCCCAGAUGGACGAAAAUUACAGUUGCAGUUUAGGUCCAGAUUGUCUCUUCCUCUUUUCACAGGAGGAAAAGUGGAAGGGGAGCAGGGUGCUGCAAUUCAUGUAAUCUUGCUUGAUGCUAUUACUGGGCAUGUGGUAACGUAUGGAUCUGAAGCAUCCGCAAAACUCGAUGUAGUCGUUCUCGAAGGAGAUUUCAACAAUGAAGAUGACGAAGACUGGACACAGGAAGAAUUUGAAAGCCAUGUGGUCAAAGAGCGUGAAGGAAAGAGACCGUUGUUGACAGGAGAGCUGCAAGUAGUGCUCAAAGAGGGAGUUGGAACACUAGGAGAGCUCACUUUUACUGAUAAUUCCAGCUGGAUCAGAAGCAGGAAGUUCAGGCUUGGCUUAAAAGUUUCCAGUGGAUACUGUGAGAGCAUGCGCAUUCGUGAGGCAAAGACGGAAGCUUUUACGGUUAAGGAUCACAGGGGAGAAUUGUACAAGAAACACUAUCCUCCUGCAUUGAACGAUGAAGUAUGGAGACUGGAGAAAAUUGGCAAGGAUGGAUCAUUUCACAAAAAGCUGAACCAGAAUGGGAUAUUUACAGUUGAAGAUUUUCUACGCCUUGCUGUCAAAGAUGCUCACAAGUUGCGGAACAUACUGGGAAGUGGUAUGUCAAAUAAGAUGUGGGAGGCUCUCUUGGAGCAUGCAAAGACUUGUGUCCUGAGUGGCAAGCUUUAUAUCUACUAUCCUGAAGAUUCCAGGAAUGUUGGUGUUGUAUUUGACAACAUUUAUCAACUGAAUGGCCUAAUUUCUGGCGAACAGUAUUAUCCGGCUGAUUCUCUUUCUGAUGAGCAAAAGGUCUACGUGGAUACAUUAGUGAAGAAGGCAUAUGAAAACUGGAAUCAAGCUGUUGAGUAUGAUGGGAAAUCGCUUCUGAGCUUUAAGCAAACAAAGAGGCCUGCUACUACUUCCCGGAAUGAAGGCCAGAUUGUCCAAACAGGUCAAAUUGAUCAUCAGACGAAGCACUCUGCAACUGGAGUUUCUGGAUUCAACAAUGACAACACGGGAGCAAGAUACUCGUCUUUGGGGCUCAAUCAACCGAACUCGCAUUCCCAGUUGGACAGCCCAUUGUACAUUCCCCAGUCGCAGGAUCAUCUGCUCCAAACUUGCCAACACUCAGAGGCCACAAAUGGUCAAAACAGCCCGGUCAACGGCCUAGCUCUGCGCCCUCCUCCACAACCCUCCACUUUCCAGGCUCUCACUCCAUCUACGUUUCAGCAUUCUGCUCUGUCUCCAUUAUUUGACGACUGGAGUAGUAGCAGCAGCAACAGAGACAAAGGCGUGGAUGAAUUCCUGACGGAGGAAGACAUACGGAUGAGGAGUUCUGAGAUGCUGGAGAACGAGGACAUGCAGCACCUGCUCCGCCUGUUCAGCAUGGGAGGCGGUCAUGGGUCAGUACCGGAUGAUGCGUUCAGCUUCCCGUACAUGUCUACACCAAUGCCGAGCUACGACGAGGAUCGGAGUCGGACAGGGAAGGCGGCAGUGGUGGGGUGGCUGAAGAUCAAGGCGGCGAUGAGGUGGGGGUUCUUUAUAAGGAAGAAGGCGGCUGAGAGAAGGGCCCAACUGGUUGAGUUGGAUGAUGAGGAGCCGGAAGUGGUGGAGACCAGUUCCCAUGGCGGUGGCGGUGGGUGGAGAGGGAGGAGGUAG